CUCAAAGGUCGUCCUUGAAUUAUAGUCUCAGAGGCCCAAGUGGAUUACUUUUUCCUUCUGAGUAUCUUUUGAAUUAACAGUUAGUUGAGGUCGGUCCUGGGAUAAAUACUCGGUAUCUACGGUUCCUUACGAUAAGAGUCUUUGAAUGCUUCUGUCAAGUGUCCGUUAUGGACGUUUCAUACCCUGGAAAUCAAUGCCUGGUAGUGUUUGGGGUGGUAAACAACGGAAAAUCCCCCGUUUAACUAAUGCGCGUAAAGAAGCGUUUUUGGAUGAGCUUCUUAUUUCUCGCCAAAACCAUAUGUACCUUCAGAAACCGUAUUUCAGUGAAGAAGUUGAAGCUGCUACUCUAGCUGAUGAGAAAAUGCGUGAAUUGCAAAUGGAAGAUAUGAUUUUCUAUGAUCGAUAUGCUAAACAAUUCAAUCGUCGUUUUCCUACACGUAAUUUGGAAACAUUUUGGGAUAAAUUGUCAAAAACUAAACGUUAUGAUGUUUGA